GUUCGGACAAAAGCUAAAUCCCUACUCCAAGUAAUUGACUCGUCAUUGCAGACUCAGCUGAGUCGGUUUUGGAGUGUACAAGUGCUACUCCACCCUCCAUUUUCAGCAGCUCUGCAAUUUCGGUGUUAACAACUAUCACAUUUUGAGUCAGCGACCAAGCCAGAAUACUCUGCAUCAGUAAUUCUGUAAGUUCCACCUUUUUGAUCAAAACAAAAGAUAUUGGAUAAUUAGAUGAACUGUUUCCUAUUUUUUCAUGAGGUUUUACUUAGUUUGUACAUGUUAUACCGUUGUGGAUACACGUAGCUUGGUGAUUGUGCUGUUUUCUGGUUCUCAAGCAUUUCAUUCUGGGAGUUGGAAACUUGGAAUGAUGGUUGUAGAAGGGUGGAAGCAGUUGGAAUCAUCAAUAACAAUUGAAGGCCUAAGCGAUAGCCAUUUUGAGGAAAAAUUGGGAAGAUCAUCCUCAGAAAAUGAACACAAGUAUAAGCAACCGAGACUCUCUGUUGUUCGUGAUUUUCCCCCACAGUGUGGACGGUUUGCAACCUCAGUUGGCACUGCUAAUGGCAUUGGUAUGGACAUGACUGUGGCUAGAAGAUAUCCUCCUCGAAGAACAGUAGAAUUGGUUAGGGAUUUCCCACCUGGAUGUGGAAUAAGGAUAUCUCUCGAGGUCAGGGUUUUUGGUCAAGUGAGAAAAUCAGAAGUACAUGUUAAAGAUGGAGAGUUUCACAGCAGUGAAUUGAAAUCGAAUGUAUCCCAAGCCAAUGACAGCAAUGUCCGAAGAAAUUUAGAAUGUUCAGAAUUGAAAUUGAACAAGGUUUCAAGCUUGAAGGCUGUGUCACAUCCUUCCUGGUGGAAGGGGAAAGUGGCCUACAAAUCUAAACCAGGUGAAGGUAUGAGGGGAAGACACAGAGAGAUACCUGACUCAAAGUCUCAGCUAGAAAGAUCUAAAGAUGCUUGGAAAAUAAAGGUUGGCUCGGAGACUGGAGGACACAAUACUGGAAAGAAUAGUCAGGCUAGUUCUAGUAGCAGCCUCCAUGAUAAUAACAUGCAUGCUAUCCGAAAGAAGGUGACAGAGACAUUGAAUCAGUUCAAAGCUAUUUGUAGACAACUGGAAUAUGACAAGUCAAAGGGAGAAACUUCAGUCAGAAGGGUCGAUUUUCAAGCGGCAAAGAUUCUCAAGAAGGAAGGGAAACAUAUAAAUACAGGCAAACAAAUCUUGGGACCUGUCCCCGGUGUUGAAGUUGGUGAUGAAUUUCAUUACAGGAUUGAGCUUAAUAUUGUUGGCUUACAUCACCCGACUCAAGGUGGUAUAGAUUAUGCAACUUUUGGUGGGAAGAUGCUUGCAACUAGUAUUGUUGCAUCAGGGGGAUAUGCAGAUGAUUUGCAUAAUUUGCAUUCUCUGACUUACACAGGCCAAGGAGGAAAUGUGAUGCAUCCGGAUAAGGAACCCGAGGAUCAAAAGCUUGAACGGGGGAACCUUGCGUUGAAGAAUAGUAUGCCUGCAAAAACUCCUGUUAGAAUGAUCCGUGGGUUUGAAUUGCCAGAUGGAAGAACUAAACAUUAUAUAUAUGAUGGACUAUAUUUGGUAGUGAAGUGUUGGAAGGAAAUGGGGCCUCACAGUAAGCUCGUUUUCAAGUUUCAACUAGACAGAAUUGUGGAUUAGAGCUUGCUUCAUAAGAAAUAACUUCUUAAUCUAUUAUUACACAACACAUUAUCUAGCUCGUAUAUGGAUAGUUUCAUGGUGUUUGACAGCUGCUGUUCAACUUCAUUACCACCAGCUAAUAACAGUUCGUGCAAGAUGAGGACUUAUCCUGCCAUCUCAAUAUCUUCUCUUGAUUAAUGGAAUUUUUGUGCCUUUCUUUGGUCCAUUCUCACUACUUGUUGGAAGGCUGUUUUCGUGCAAGUGUUCUAAUCCGUUGUACUAUGCUUUUGCCACUUAUAUCUCAGCUUUACU